CCGAAUUUUUUCCUGACGAUACGCGCGCUCGGCGGGUUUAGGGUUUAGGGUUUAAUUUAUUGAAAUUCAGGUAUCCCAAGAGAUUUAUUCACCGGCGCGGCAAACUGUUGUUCCACUGAUAAUUCAACUAAGGAGUUUCACUCGAGAUUCAGGGAGGGAGAUUGAAAUGGCCGCCGACGGUGGAGAGCUGAACUCCGACAGCAGCGUGAUGUGCUUGUUGACGAACCCGGAAGGAGAACCUCUCGGUUCAUCUCUCUAUCUUCCACAGAGCGCUGGUCCAGUCCAGCUGCAGCAAAUUGUCAACAAGCUCCACCAAAAUGUGGAAAAGCUUCCAUAUGCAUUUUACAUAUCAGAUCAGGAGCUUGUGGUGUCGCUUGGAGAAUAUCUGAGAAAGAAUAAAGUGUCCGUGGAGAAGGUCUUACCAAUAGUGUACCAAGCUCAAGCAAUUUUUCGAAUUCGUCCUGUUAAUCGAUGUUCUGCUACAAUUUCAGGUCACACAGAAGCAGUACUUUCUGUUGCUUUUAGUCCUGAUAGCAGAAACCUUGCAAGUGGAUCUGGUGAUACAACUGUAAGAUUGUGGGACCUUAACACUCAGACACCAUUAUACACUUGCUCAGGACAUAAAAAUUGGGUUCUAUCUAUAGCAUGGUCGCCAGAUGGAAAACAUCUCGUGAGUGGCAGCAAGUCCGGAGAGCUUCUACUAUGGGAUCCUCAAACUGGGAAACAAUCUGGCAAUCCACUUAUGGGUCACAAAAAGUGGAUUACUGCUAUUUCUUGGGAACCUGCACACUUACAAGCUCCAUGCCGUCGUUUUGUUAGUUCGAGCAAGGAUGGGGAUGCCCGAAUUUGGGAUAUAUCUUUGAGAAGGUGCACUAUUUCUCUUACAGGUCACACUCUGGCAGUGACAUGUGUUAAGUGGGGUGGUGAUGGAGUGAUAUAUACAAGUUCUCAGGAUUGUACAAUAAAGGUGUGGGAAACUUCACAAGGAAAGUUGAUCCGUGAGUUGAAGGGUCAUGGGCAUUGGGUCAACUCUCUCGCUUUGAGUACGGAAUACACCCUGCGAACUGGUGCAUUUGAUCAUACUGGUAAAACAUAUUCAUCUGCAGAGGAGAUGAAGGAGGCAGCUCUUAAAAAAUACAACAAAAUGAAGAGCAAUGCUCCUGAAAGACUAGUUUCAGGUUCUGAUGAUUUUACUAUGAUUCUCUGGGAACCUGCUAUCAGUAAACAGCCAAAGGCCCGCUUGACGGGUCACCAACAGCUUGUAAACCAUGUAUGCUUCUCUCCUGAUGGACAAUGGUUGGCUAGUGCUUCAUUUGACAAAUCGGUCAAGUUGUGGAAUGGGGUCACUGGGAAAUUUGUUGCAUCCUUCAGAGGACACGUUGGACCAGUAUAUCAGAUCAGCUGGUCAGCCGAUAGCAGGCUUCUUCUGAGUGGAAGUAAAGACUCUACGCUUAAGGUUUGGGAUAUCCGAACACAAAAGUUAAAGCAAGAUCUUCCAGGUCACGCAGAUGAGGUUUUUGCUGUGGAUUGGAGUCCAGAUGGUGAGAAGGUUGCAUCUGGUGGCAAGGACAGGCAAUUAAAAUUGUGGAUGGGCUAAAAAGGAAUCAAGUGAUGUGCUGAAGGGCACUAAACUGCUGUAUUACAUAUCAUUCACUUCCCAUAAUUUUCUAAUAUUUAAAAUGUCUGUUGUAAUUAUUGUUUUGUGGGUUUCAUUUUUAAACCAUGUGAGUUCAAACUGCUGUGUAGGAGGCAGAGAUUUGGGUUAAUAUGGCUUAUUGAUUGUGAACAGUAUCUUUAUUGUAUUCAUGAAAUGAAAUUAAAGUUAUUUGUUAGAA